CUUGCACCAGUCGAGGUGGAUUACAGCGCUGAACUCUCCAGGAUGACUAGAUCAGUUCUGUUCAGAACGUUGGAUUGAUUGGAGAUGGUUGACGCGACCUGGAUCGGCUGUUGUUGCCUUGUUGGCGGGUUGAUUCUUGUCAGUGGAGAAUUUGUUCCGGUGGACGAGUUUGAAGUUAGCAGUAACGAGUUGACGUUUGUCAAGCCGAACAAGUGGUUGAAGUUGGAGGAGGAUGACGCGGAGUUGCUUGUGCCGGAGCUGAUCGUCAAAUAUGGGUACAAGGUCGAAGGACACACGGUGAUCACCGAGGAUGGGUACGUGCUGAAGAUGUUCCGGAUUCCGCCAAGACAACAGCCAAUCGAAAAGAAGCUACCCGUUCUAUUAGUCCACGGUGUGGUGGCAAGUUCAGCGGACUUUGUGGUCAGUGGGCCCAACAUUAGUCUGGCUUACCUGUUGUCCGACAACGGUUACGACGUCUGGUUGGCAAACGUGCGAGGAUCGCGUUACUCCAAGGAGCACACCAAGCUACCGGUUGAAUCCAAAGAGUACUGGGACUUUACCUGGCACGAAAUCGGAUACUACGACCUUCCGGCCAUGAUCGACCACGUCUUGAACGCUACCUACUCCAACAAGCUAUUCUACAUUGGUCACUCGCAAGGAACUACCGUGUACUUUGUGAUGUCCAGCAGUCGACCAGAAUACAACGACAAAAUCGCCCUCAUAACUGCCCUCUCCCCGGCCGUAACCCUGAAGCACGUCCGGAGUCCGAUCUUGCGCUUCAUGCUGGACAACGUAGACACGAUCAGGAAAAUCCUCGAUGCGUUGAAAAUUUACGAGUUCCUACCGUACAACGAUGCCGGUCUUCAGAUAGGUCGAGCCCUCUGCCAACCGGAAGAGAAGAAAAAUUGGUGUAUCCUCCUCUUUGGAUUGGCAGCCGGCCCGCAUCCCGGCGGAACAGAUCCGCGUCUGAUUCUGUCAUAUCUAGGUCACUACCCGCAGGGUGCCUCCGUCAAGCAGAUGCUGCACUUUGCCCAGGUGUUCCAGAGCAAUCGGUUCCGCCAGUUCGACUACGGCCGGAAGGGUAACCUGCAAAAAUACGGCCGUCCUGAACCACCCGCCUACAACCUGACUGCGUCAACCGCCCCGGUGCUAAUUUAUUACGGACUCAACGAUUGGUUGAUUCACCCCAAGAAUCCGCGGGACCUGUCCCGGAUGUUACCACGGGUAAUCGAUACGAUCGCCGUCUCCGACCGGCAGUUCAACCACAUGGACUUUGUGUUGGCGAAAAAUGUCCGAAAGGUGCUGUACGAGAAGAUUUUGCCAACGCUUGACAAGUACAACCGGAAGUGUUAGAAGUAUUGCAAUUGUGUUAUU